AUGUCGAAUAUUCCGAAUGAAGUAAUACUACCGGUGCAUAUAAAUCAACAACAAUCACCGCGAAUACCAUCACCUACAGCUGAUGGUGAUACAAUGGAACGACUCGUUCAAGCAUUAUUCUAUCGUAUUGCUGUUCUUUAUGCUCGAACUAUUCCUAAACAUAUUCGUCGAUUAGGAGAAACAGCAAUACGUGUUAUGGCAAUUAUUUGUAUUAUUUUACUUAUUUAUCUUCAUGUUGUAUUCAAUCAAAAACGAGUAACAUGUCUUUCUCAUUUACAUGAUCAUUGGCCAAGACAAGGUGUACUUCGUGUUGAAUUGUUUUUUGAAUCUCCACCAGAAGGUUAUAAUCUUCAACAAUCGUAUGCUAAAGAAUUUCAAUAUAGUCAUUUCUAUAAUUAUGACGAGAAUCAAUUAAAUCAGUCUAUAUCAAAACAAAACGAAGGAAUUCUUCCUGUUAUUGAAAUUCCGAUUGAACCGUUAGAAAGUGAUUUAUUAAAAGAAUCUUAUCCAAAUAUGAGUAUUAAUUCUUCUUUAUUAACAUCAAUUGAUUAUUCAAGUAAAUCCAUAAUGAAAAAUGAAGCAAUAGAAACUGCUCAAAUUAUUGAUGAUAAUUAUUUAUCAGAAUCACAAGAUAAUCAUGAUAAUGAAUCGUUAUUUGAUUAUUUAUUUAAUUUUGAUUGGAUUAAACAAUUAUUAAUUGAAGAACAUUAUAUUCUUGAAUAUUCAAUUGAAUAUGGAUUUUUACGUUUAUCACCGGAAACAAGACAAAGACUUAAUAUUGAAGUUUUACUUGUUACAUUAGGUAAAAAAAACAAAAAAGAAGUAUUAAAAAUUUGCUUUAUCAUUUAUUAAAAACUGAAGAAAAGAUCCACUACUAUCUUUUAACAAGUUCUUUUUUUUAUUAUCCAAAGUCCAUUUGUGUAAUAUAUCGGGUGUCCCAGGAAUAAUGAGCCUCCCAGUAUUUUUAAGAUUUCCUGUCUAUUAUCACUGUAAGUAAAGCUGUCUUAAUUAUCAAAAGAAAGCGCUUAAAAUUCUCUACAAAA